GAGACUAGUAGUAGUGAAAUGCUCAGUAAUAGUGUCAUUGAAUUUGAUACCAAGGCUAUUCUUUUUGUCGCCUAGGUUAUAUAUUUAAGGACCUCUUUGUAAGUCAUAGAGUACUCAAAUUUCUAGGUUCUAAGAAGCUAAGAUGGCCUCUUCAGGAGUUAAGGGAGACAGUUAUCGUUGCUAUUUGCAUGGAGAAGGAGAAAAGAACACCAAAUGGAGGUAUGGUGCCCCUCCUAACUAUGGUGCUGUGAACAAACUCUUUGAAGAAGGCAGAACCAAGAUAUGGCCUCCGGGAUCACUAGAAGAACAAGUGCAAAACCUUGUAAAGACAUGGGAAAUGGAGAUGUUCCAUAAAACAAGGGAUGAAGACUUUAAAGCAAGUGAUCCUAAGAAGUACACUUUCAGCCUAAAUGGAAGGAAAGCUGUGAGUUUGGAAGAGAAGCGAAAGCUUGGGGGAGGCUACAACUCUUUGCUGCAAACCUCAUUGCCAGAUGAGUUCCGGUGCUACAACCCGGCAGAAGAAACGGUGGAUUCAGCUCAUAGGGCUUUCACAACCGCAUUUCCGCGCGGGUUUGCUCUAGAGAUUCUCCAUGUUUACUCUGGUCCUCCACUGAUCGUAUACAAGUUCAGGCACUGGGGUUACAUGGAUGGUCCUUUCAAAGGUCAUGCCCCUACUGGAGAAAAGGUUGAACUCUUUGGGAUGGCAAACUUUGAGUUGGAUGAACAUGGGAAAAUAGUGAAGGUUGAGUUCUUUUUCGACCGCGGAGAACUUCUUGGAGGCCUUCUGAAGGGAGCAAGCUUUGACAGUUCCAGUAAAGAGGCAGCUUUAGCUUGCCCAUUCUUGAGGAACACAGGGUAGCUUCACAAGCUAACCGCCACAAUGUAAUAAUAUGGCACUAGCAAAGCACCAAUGAAUAAUCAAUGCCCAGAUUGGCAUACAAUGUAUACUCCACCCCUAUGGGGUUUUGACAUCUGCUCUUUAAUUUUUCAAGGA